AGCAUUUGAUGUGGCAGACGCAGCGUGUAUGAGACUAUGAGUAUGAUCCUUAAUCUAUUCUCAUUUUAAACCAAACAUACAAACAAUGUCGUCGUUUUCAAGUUUGAGUAUGAGUAAGUAUGUUGCUGCUUCUCCUCAUUUCGAAAACCCUAAUUUGAUUCGAUUCUUCUCCUCUUCAACUACAACAACACUAUACUCUCAAUUCCACGACCAACGAAAUCUCGUUUCCUUAUUCAAUCAAAUGCUCCAUCAGAAGAAUCCUACACCACUCAUCUUCCAAUUUAACAAAAUUUUAGGUUCCCUUGCCAAGCUCAAUCACUACUCAACUGUUGUUUCACUUCAUCGACAGAUGGAAUUAAAUGGAAUUUCCUCAGAUUUAGUCACUUUGAGUAUAUUGAUCAAUUGUUUUUCUCAAUUAGGUCAAAUCUCUCUUUCCUUUUCUGUAUUUGCCAACAUUCUCAAAAAGGGUUUUCAUCCAAAUGUCAUAACCUUUAAUACACUCAUCAAGGGUCUCUGUCUCAAAGGUCAGAUCCACAAAGCAUUCAACUUUCAUGAUAAGGUCGUAGCGCAGGGAUUCCGGUUAGAUCAAGUUAGUUAUGGGACCUUGAUCAAUGGGUUAUGUAAACUUGGACAAACAAGAACAGCCCUACAACUGCUGAGACGAGUUGAAGGGAAACAGGCUCCGCCUGAUGUGGUAAUGUACAAUGCAAUUAUUGAUAGUAUGUGCAAGGAUAAACUUGUUAAUCAUGCUUUUCAUUUAUAUUCUGAAAUGAUUGCUAAGAGAAUUUCUCCUGAUGUUUUCACUUACAAUACUUUAAUUAAUGGCUUUUGCAUCGUGGGUCGGUUAAAACAAGCAAUUCAUUUGUUUAAUAAAAUGAUAUCGGAAAACAUCAACCAUAAUAUUUAUACCUUUAAUACGUUGGUUGAUGCAUUUUGUAAGGAAGGAAAAGUGAAAGAAGCUAAAAAUGUGUUUGCUAUCAUGAUCAGAAAAGGUGUUAAACCUGAUAUUGUUACUUAUAACUCUUUAAUGGAUGGAUAUUGCUUACUUAAAGAAAUUAACAAGUCCAGUGGUAUAUUCAACACUAUGGCUCAGAUGGGAGUGGUUCCUGAUGUUCAUAGCUACAAUAUCAUGAUUAAUGGAUUUUGUAAGAUUAAAAUGGUAGAUGAAGCCAUCAAUCUCUUCAAUGAAAUGCUUUGUAGAGAAAUUAUUCCUGAUACGAUAACUUACAAUUCCCUUAUUGAUGGUUUGUGCAAAUCGGGAAGAAUCUCAUAUGCUUUGGAGCUUGUCGAUGAGAUGUAUGAUAGAGGUCAACCUCCUGAUAUGUUUACUUACAAUUCUAUAUUGGAUGCUUUGUGCAAAAACCAUCAUGUUGACAAGGCAAUUGCAUUAUUAACCAAAAUUAAAGAUAUGGGUAUUCAACCAGACCUGUGCACGUACACUAUUCUUAUUGGUGGAUUGUGUAAAAGUGGAAGAUUGAAUGACGCUCAAAAGGUUUUUGAGGAUCUUCUGGUCAAAGGCUACAAUCUUAAUGUCUAUACAUAUACUACUAUGAUCCAUGGGUUUUGUAACGAUGGGUUGCUUGAUGAAGCAUUGGCCAUACUAUCAAAAAUGAAAGACAAUAGUUGCAUUCCAAAUGCCGCAACGUAUGAAAUUAUUAUCCGUUCUCUAUUUGAUAAAGAUGAAAAUGAUAAGGCAGAGAAACUUCUUCGUGAAAUGAUUUCAAGAGGUCUGUUGUAAGACUAAAACUAGCAACAUUGGAAUGAGGGUUCUUCCAAAAGAAAUGAGCAUAGAAAUGAGCAAUAUUGGAAUAUUCUGGAAAUCCAGUAUUAGAGAUUUAAACAAAGCUUGAAGUUUGUGAACAGGAGCUCCAUAUUUUGG